AUGGCAGCCGACAGCUCAACCAAACGACGUAUUUACCUCAAUGGAUUUGACAUGUUCACGGUAGGGCAUCUUUCAUUUGGCCAAUGGAAGCAUCCUGCCGAUCGAUCAGCCACGAAGCGACGCGAUCUGUCAUACUGGACCAAUUUGGCCAAGAUACUUGAGAAAGGCGACUUCAACGCCCUGUUCCUUGCCGACACCUAUGGCCUAUACGACACUUACAAAGGGAGUGCAGAGCCCGCUAUCCGCAAUGGUGCCCAAUACCCCAUGGGUGACCCGGCGAUACCUAUCUCAGCCAUGGCCUCAGUCACCAAGAAUCUCGGGUUCGCGAUCACUACGUCGACAUCGUAUGAGGCUCCAUAUGUGGUUGCAAAGCGAUUUUCGACUUUGGAUCAUUUGACCGGUGGUCGGUUCGGAUGGAACAUUGUAACAUCGUGGAAGGAAUCUGCUGCUAAAGCCGUGGGCUUGCCCCUGGUAGAUCAUGACAAACGAUACGAAAUUGCCGACGAGUACCUGACAGCAUUAUACAAACUGUGGGAAGGAAGCUGGGCUGACGAUGCGCUGCAAGAGAACGCAGAAACGGGCGUAUAUGCCGACCCAAGUCGAAUCAAAACCAUCCACCAUGACGGCGAACACUUCAAAUUCGACGGGCGUCACAUUUUAGAUCCAUCGCCCCAGCGCACGCCCUUCCUCUUCCAGGCAGGGACAUCCCCAGCGGGUGUAGCCUUUGGCGCCAAACACGCCGAGGGAAUCUUUGUCUCAGCGCCGUCGCCCCACAUCCUCGCACCACGCAUCAAAGCCAUCCGCGAAGAAGCAGCGCGGAACGGUCGAGAUCCCCGCUCUGUCAAAGUCUUCGCGAUUCUCACGCCCAUCGUGGGCCGAACGGACGAAGAAGCACAAGAGAAAUACCGCGAGGCGCUCGCCCACGCAAGCGAAGAAGCCGGCCUCGCCUUCUUCUCCGGGGGCAGCGGCAUCGACCUUAGCAAAUUCGAUCUGGAUACGCCCAUCACGCCGGCCGAUGUCCACGUCGACGCGCGGGUCCAUUCAACAAUCAACACGCUCAGCUACCAGAGCGCCGAUGUGCCGCCAUGGACGCCAAGGAAUAUCGGCAAGCGCAUCUCCAUCGGCGGGGCUGGACCUGUGCCCGUGGGAUCCGCCAGCACCGUUGCGGACUUCUUGGAGGAAUGGGUCCGCGUGGCUGACCUGGACGGGUUCAAUGUCGGCUAUGUCCAGACUCCGGGGACUUUUGAGGACGUGGUUGAGCUCUUGGUGCCGGAACUUCGGAGACGAGGGGUCUACGCACCUGAGAAUGAGAGCGGGACUAUGCGUGAGCGAGUGUACGGUCCUGGACAGACGCGGUUGAGGGAGGACCAUGUCGGAAGAAAUUACGCAUAUGAGGUGUACGACGGUCAGUAA